AAUCGUGGCUCAAAAUCGGAGCGCCAUACCAGAAUGGAUCUUCUUUCCAAAGCGUAUGCAACUGCUUCCGACGACGACGACGACGAUGCUGGCGGAGGAUCCGGACACUCGAAUCCAUAUGUGCCUCCUCCCAAGCGGAUCAGACCCGAGAAACCGAUGGCGAGUGCGAUCCAGAUGCCCCUUAAUCUCCCUCCGAGUCUCCCUACCGAGGCUCCGAUACCCGGACGAUACAUAUCUAAGCGACAAAGAGCAGCCCUUGGUAUGGAGUCGGCACGAACUGACUCAAACGCGGGUGAUUUCGAUAUAUCACCAGGCAUGGGAAGCCUUUCAGAUUCAGAUGUACCGCAUGGUAUUUUGACAACAUUGAAGCAGCAUAUGAAGGGCAGUGCAGUCUCCAAUCAAACACCUCGAUCACUUUCUUCAGCUCUCAAUGGGCACGUUAAGCCUGUCAAUGGUGUGCAAUGGUCUACAACUCAUGCUCAUCUUCUUGCAUCUGCGGGAAUGGAUCAUACUGUUUCCAUUUGGAACGUAUGGAGUAGAGGAGAAAAACGAGCACGUAUAUUAAAUUAUCACCAUGCAGCAGUAAAAGAUGUGAAAUGGUCACAGCAAGGAUUGUCUGUGCUCUCUUGUGGUUACGAUUGCACAUCAAGAUUGGUUGAUGUUGAGAAAGGAAUAGAGGCUCAGGUUUUCAAGGAGGAUCAAAUUGUAGAAGUUGUAAAGUUUAGUCCGGACAACUACAAUCUUUUCGUUUCUGGAGGAUCAAAAGGCCUGAUUAAACUGUGGGAUACUAGGACUGGCACAGUGGUCCAUGAAUAUGUACGAAGUCUUGGGUCAAUCCUUGAUGUGGAGUUCACAGUUGAUGGCAGGAAUUUAAUCACAUCAAGUGAUGUGUCCAAAAGCAACCUCAGUGAAAAUUCAAUCAUCGUUUGGGAUGUUUCCCGACAAGUGCCACUAUCCAAUCAGGUCUAUGCAGAAGCAUACACAUGCCCCUGCAUCAGAUGCCACCCACUGGAGCCAUACUUUAUUGCACAAUCAAAUGGAAACUAUAUUGCCAUAUUCUCUACCAGAUCCCCAUUCAAACUUGACAAGUACAAGAGAUAUGAAAGUCAUGGUGUUUAUGGUUUCCCUAUCAAGUGCAAUUUCAGUUUGGACGGAAGGAUACUGGCCUCUGGCUCCUCUGAUGGAUUUAUCUACUUUUAUAACUCAAAAACAUCAAAGCUUCUAAAAAAAGUUAAGGCAUAUAAUCAAGCAUGCAUAGAUGUUGUAUUCCAUCCUACCUUGCCCAAUGUAGUUGCUAGUUGUAGUUGGAACGGAGAAGUGUCUGUUUUCCACCAAGACUGCAAUAUCAAUUAGAAAGUCUCACAAUGAAACUAUUUUCUGUGUGUUACAUUAUCUUCACUUUUUAGGGCAUGUUCAUUUAUUAGUUCAGGUUUCCUUUGUAGUAGAAUGAGUCUGUUAUACGACUUUUCUGUUGUUUAUUAUCUA